AUGGUUCAGUCCAACAGCGCGUGUACAAAUAUCCCACAACAGAGCUCAAUACUGGUGCUGUUCUGGGUGUCUACGGCUCCCACUGAGGUCUUGCUGCAGCCUGAAUUUGAUGGCCAAAAGUUCUCCCGUCUCUGGUAUGUUGUUACCAUGGUGACUGACGGCAUAGUCUUCCUAGACAACAAGGAUGGCAUGCUGAUGUCCAUCAGAGCUGUCAAUGACCCUGUGGAGGGUGACCUCAAGGUUCACGUGGAGUUCCCAAGGGUAGAUGGCUGUAACCAGAUUGAUGCUGAGUACCUGAGGAUAGGGCCCCAGGGGCACUUUUGAGUUCCAGGUCAUACCAGGGUGUGCAUCUCUGACGCUGGUUAUAGCUCCUUUGCAGAGGUCUACAGCUACAAAGAGCUGGAAGGCGUGCUUAGCACCGCAGCUCCACAGUGA